AUUGGCAAAAUUAAUUUAUCCAUAGAAUUAGAAUAUUCUAAUAACCGUAUUCAAAGAAUUAGGAUAUUCUUAUUAUCCAAAGAUUUAUCUGAUUGCUUUAAAGGCCAUAUUUUGAUAAAUUAAAGAUAAAGUAGUGUUUAUCUCCAUUUUGUGCCUAUAGUAAAUGAAUAUACGUUCACAUUACACAUUCGCUUUACUCAAUCACGUGCCAAUCAGUAUUGUCAACUUUUUCCCUAAAGUGAUAAUAGUGUCCGUCGCCAAACAACGACCACGCAUAAUCAGGAGAAUAAGUACCGCCUGUAUGUCUAGACCAAGUUCUUCACAACCUAUUAAUCCUUUCCAAAAAUCAUAAGUUCGCAUAUUGUCAAAUGUAGAUUUCCCCUUUAAAUACCCCCCAAUAGAAAUUUUCAUCAGAUCUGAAUCAAGUUUAAUUUCUUCCGGGUCUGUUUUACAAGAAAUCUAUUAUUAUGUCUUUAAGUAUUAUUUACGUACCUAGUGAGGAUCUUAUGUGCAUGGAUGAAUAUGGUUUUAUAUUUCCACCUAGAAAAAUCUACACUGACUGUAUUGUACCGGAAUUAAUUCAACUACAAUAUGAAAGAGAUGACUUAGAACGUGAUUUUCCUGAUUGUCUACUAAGAUCCGAUGAAUUUUAUUCCCCCCUCAACCGACUUAGACGAUACAUUGGACAAUAUCAUAUAUUUGGAUGUAUAAAACCAAAGACCUUUCAAAGAGAACUUUUGAUUUCUGCAACGAGAAGAAGUGAGCGUAGCAGAGAGGAAAGAACUGCCAAAAACUUUCUAUCGAGUUGUAUACGAAGUGUUUUAGCAGACCUUUCACACGUAGAGAUAAACGAUGAGAUCGAAGAUUCCAUAAAGUACGGAGAAUUGUUGUUGGAAUCGAUACGACAGGUAUUCCUAUUGAAUCCAACGUUGAACCAGGAAUUAGAUACAGAUUUGGUUAGAAAUGCAAUUUUCAAACGAGCUAGUGUUGUUAUUAGAGCUUAUAAAAGGGGAAAUGCACCAUCUACAUCAGUUUUACAUGAUACAAUAACCAGUAUUGAUACAACUCAACAAUCAUCUACAAUGGAGUCCAAGAUGGAAUCAGACGAUGAACAUUGUCAGGAAGUUCCUGAAGUUAUUAUACUAGACGACUGAACUGAGGUUUUCCAGAUUACAGUGCUAUUGAUACGUGGAAAAUGUGAUAAAUGUGCUAUUAUACAAUGACUAUUUAUUAAAACGCUUUUAAAAUGUUAUGGACUAUGAAUGAAGCUCCAAAAUGUGCUAUGAAAGGGUUAAUGUCUGAUACCAAACAGUCAAAUAAUUCAUUUGCAUAUUUUGAAAUGUAUUUUGGCAGUGCUGCAUUAUGGAUUAAUAUCGAAUCAAACUACUUUAUAUUUUCAAGGAACGAUGUUAUUGGAUUCAUAUCUGAAUAAACAUGAUUAUGUCCAUGGCAAUGAAAAGUAUAAAUUGUGUUAUUAUUAUUUUAGAAUAUCAAUUUUAUAUUAAGAAAAAUAUUUGAAAAACGUAAAAUAUACAUAUACAAUAAAUGAAUAAAUUAUUUUCCUCUGAA